AUUUGAAAGAGAAGAUGUGACAACAAAUUAAAGCGAUUAUAUAGCCAUAUUUCAUGCAUCAAACUCCUUACUUUUCUUAUUUCUACACACAACACAACACUCAAUCUCUCUCUCUCUUUACUAUUUCAUUCUAUUAACUCAAUCAAUCAUACAAAAUUAAAUCCUUACUUACCAUUUCCAAUUUUCCCCACAAAUUUCUUUGAUCAUUUCCCAAAAACUGGAAAACACCAAACAAUUAAUAAUGAAUUCAGAGCUUAUUCACCGUAGCAAUAACAACAACUCUAAUAAUGCUCAACAACAACAACAAAACCAAGAUCAACAUGACUCAUCAAGAUCAACGGCUACGAUCACUCGCUUCUCAUUUCGAGAUCAACGACUCAUCUUCCUCCUCAUUGGCGUCGCCAUCGCCACUUUAUUCUUCAACACUUUCCCUCUCUCACAACAACAACGCUGGCCCGACCCGAUCAUCGAUUCCGGGUCGGUUAACGCGGACAUCCCGACCCGACGGGUUCUCUACCAGACGAGUACAAAAGGAGAUGGGUUUGAAACGGCAAUGAAAUUAGGCGGGAAAGUUCCUUUGGGGUUGAAAGCGAAGAGGUUGAGAAUCGUGGUUACGGGUGGGGCCGGGUUCGUUGGGAGCCACCUCGUGGACCGUCUGAUCGCUAGAGGUGAUAGCGUAAUCGUGGUUGAUAAUUUCUUCACGGGUCGUAAAGAGAAUUUGGUUCACCAAUUUGGUAACCCGAGAUUUGAGCUGAUUCGACACGACGUGGUUGAGCCAAUAUUGCUGGAAGUGGAUCAGAUCUACCAUUUGGCUUGUCCUGCUUCGCCUGUUCAUUACAAGUUCAAUCCAGUCAAAACCAUCAAGACGAAUGUGGUGGGGACACUUAACAUGCUUGGACUGGCUAAGAGGGUUGGGGCUCGGUUCUUGUUAACCAGCACCAGUGAGGUGUAUGGUGACCCUUUGCAGCAUCCUCAGGUCGAAACCUAUUGGGGCAAUGUUAACCCCAUUGGUGUGAGGAGCUGUUACGAUGAGGGAAAACGAACGGCAGAAACCUUGAGCAUGGACUAUCAUAGGGGCCUUGGCAUUGAGGUGAGAAUUGCUAGAAUUUUCAACACUUAUGGGCCACGCAUGUGCAUCGACGAUGGUCGUGUUGUCAGCAAUUUUGUAGCUCAGGCAUUAAGAAAGGAACCAUUGACUGUUUAUGGUGAUGGGAAGCAAACAAGGAGUUUCCAAUACGUUUCUGACCUGGUAGAAGGUCUAAUGCGGCUGAUGGAGGGUGAACAUGUUGGCCCCUUCAAUCUUGGCAACCCUGGUGAAUUUACCAUGCUUGAGCUGGCUCAGGUUGUGCAAGAAGUUAUAGACCCAAAUGCAAAGAUAGAGUUUAAGGCAAACACAGAGGAUGACCCACAUAAGAGGAGGCCAGACAUUUCAAAAGCCAAGGAGUUACUUGGGUGGGAGCCUGUUGUGUCCCUCCGCAAAGGACUUCCUCUAAUGGUUUCUGAUUUCAGACAACGUAUUUUUGGUGACCAAAGGGACUCUCAACCUACUUCUUCAGCAUAGUUUAUAUACAUAUAUCGUAUACUAUUAUUACUAUGUUAUGUUAAGAAAAUGGUAUGAUAAUAAGAAAAUGAAAAAAUAUAUAUGCGCCCAUUUUUGAUAAACUAGCUAUUUUUUUGCUAUUCUUCUUAUGUUUCACCUUCUAUGGGAAUAAAGUUGAUUUUACACA